UCCGAUGCAUUUUUGUUGGAUAUAGCUUUGGAGGAUUUUACGUUUAGCAAGGGCGUAAAGAACUUAGUCUCCUCGUGUUGCCGGCUUGCAUUCUGGUCAACAUCCUCUGACGCAGCUGCCACUUUUUGCUGGCAUUACACUCGCGGGACGGACGUACUGUUCGCCACCAAGAGGAUUCAGUGAUUUCGCUGCGGACACGCGAAUUCUGACGACUUGAGCGCCAGCUUGUUUGGAAGUUGUUUCUUCGCGUGUGGGAAAGUCGUGCUGUCUGUUUGUACAGACCUGGCUUGCCUGAACCGCUUUUCGCAGCAUGGCUCUGAUGUUCCUGUGUCUUCCCUGCAGUGCAUUUCGGUAGUUGGUCUCCAAAAUGCAUCAUCCGUCUCUGUGUCUCACGCUCGUUCUUCACCACUUGCCAUCAAUUUGUCUGGCGGUCCCAGACACGUUGGCGUCUCCUCAUCCCUCACCGCGCCCGUCGGCUUCUGCCGAAACUUCCGCCUCGGCUUCGCGAGACCACGGCGCGGCCUCUCCUCUUCACCCGUUCUUUGCAUGCCAUCGUCGACGGUGCUCUCCAAGAGAUGACAGAGCUUUGCCUCACCGUGUAGGCGGCGGAUGGCGACCGCGGCUGAAGCAGCGGCGUGCGCUCAAGGGCGCGCCCUGCCAACCCGAAGGCGGCGGCCGAGAUGCGUCCGCCUGUACUCUCGCGUGUAACAUCAGUCUCGACAGCGUCGGAGGGCCGCCGUAUUCGUGUCACCAGGGCCUUUCGCCUGACGCAUGUGUCUCAGCUCCAUUUGGAUCCGCAUCGAAGACACCUAAAACGAUGGCGUUGCGUCGCGCGCGAAAACACCACCGGGCGAUUCCUUCCUGCUCCUCCGUGCAUACUCGGCGAAAAAGUCAACAGCUCCGUCGUUCCUCAUACCCCUUCCUCAGAGCUUCCGCCUUUCUAGACUGUUCCGUGAUCGCUGCUUCCCUGGGUCGCUGUCGGUUUCCUCGACGACCGCGACGCCGCGAGGCUCGUCGUUACACAUCGCGACAGCAGGCACCCAACACGCUGGAAGGAAGCGACUGGUGUGGAGGGCGAGGAGGCAUACGCAGGUGUUCAGUGCAGAAGAAACUGAAAACCAGCGAAGCCAUUUUUCUGUCGUCCCCCGCCUCAGGGCAAAUGGCAUAUUCUGCACGAGAGAAAGCACUCGCAGAAACAGUCUGUUUGGCAUCACCUGGUGCGACGGAGGUAGGGGAUGCCUUGUCCGUUUCUGUCUUGUUAAGCAACGAGACUUCUUGCACUGGAAUGCCGACAGAAGCACCGAAGAGGGACCGGCUCGGCUGUCGUGGCAUUCGCGGCGUGCGUCUCUCGGACGCCGUCAACUUGAGCGAAGCGAAGGUCUCCUCCGAGGCAGGGAUUUUGAGCAGGCCACACCUGAGGCAGGGUGACAUUCAGAGACACUUGGAUUCAUGUGGACCUCCAGAAGGACCGACGCGUUUGUCUAAUAUGAAAGGUUCGGACGAGACAAGUCUGCUGCUUGGAAAUCUCUGGCCGAAAACUUCGGUGUGCAGCGAAGAACGACCAGUGCGUUGUUUAGUCGGGGCCGAGAAAGCCUCGAGGUGUCGACUGUGGGGCUGCGGUGGAGAGAACGCAGACGGGGAAGGCGAUAGAACUGAUGGAGAUCUCUUGCCCUCUUUUCGGAGGUUGAGUCCUGGCGCAGAUGCCGCACGAAUUCCAGGGCUUGUGGCUCGUGAUACGGACUCUUUUUUCUUCAACGCAGACUCGUUGUCUCGAUGCGAGGCACAGGAAGACACGGGCGUCAAGGCGUCUCUCGGAUACCUCAAAGAAAAGAACGCGCCUGAUUUCCCGACACGAACAAGAGGUCUUUUGCGUGAGUUCCAGACGGCGCUGUCUUCCUCAGACCCUAACCUCUCUGCGUCUUUUAGUCCGUAUUAUUCGGACUCUCUGGAGCCCGCUUCGCCUCCGUUUUUGUUAGCCUUUUCUGUCUUUGUGUCCUUCGCCCUUUCGUCGUUCGUGUCACCUUCGGUCUGGCGGGGAGGCGACGCGCGACUGCUUUUCUCUGCGGCAGCCGCUUGGAAGCCUUCCCUUCUCUGCGUGCGGUUCGUCCUCGUGGACAUGCUUCUUUUCUCGUCUUCUGCCCUCGCGUUCCCCUCGGAGAACUCAGCUUCUCCUUCCAUCUCAGGAGACCCCAGAGACAGGGCACCACGGUCGGGCUCUGUCCCUUUGCCCUUUCUUCUCGUCGCCGAAGCGGCAGGUGCGACCCUCGCCCCUCGUGUCUCUCCAGAGAGAAACUCUCUAGCAGAAAACGCGUUUUCGACGUCUUUCUUCGCGACUCUCGAGCUCUGGACGCACUGGCGGACGCCCCCGUCGUGGCCAGCCGCGCCCUACGCCUUCGCCUGCCCCGGCGACACAAAGGCUGGCUCUUCCAGCGAUCAAACGCCCGAAAGCGGGGAUACAGAGACGCGCAGCAGGGAUGCAACUAGGGAAGUUGGCGAGGCUGGCAGAGACGUGAGUGAGGCUAGAGAGGAGACAGCGAAGGAGCAACCUGGACACCCGUAUGCAGCGUCUGUACAGUCUCUGCAGCUGCCGCUGACAAGCGACAACCUCAUUGCUCUCGCAGUGCUCUCGGUUCUCUGUGGCCUCGGAUGCGUCUACAUCGUCCAAAUCUCUGUUGGCUUCUCGCGAUGCUGCAAAUGCAAAGUCUGCAAAGGAGAAUAUGUUCUCCAGUACAAGCUGGGCAGUGGGGGUUACGGAACCGUGUGGGUAGUGAGCCGGCAAGGAGGCGCACUCAGACGAGAAAGUUCGUUGGCAGUUUUGAAGAAGAUUCAAGUUGAAGAUAUCACGGAAGCGGACUCGUAUCAGCAGGAAGCACGGCGCCUGGCGAAUCUUACGCACAAAUACAUUGUGGGGUACGAAACAGACUUCAUUCACAGAGAACAGGCGUUUGGCUCGGUCGAGGCGAAAAUCUUCUUCAUGAUUGUCAUGGAAUUCUGUCCAAACGGCGACGUGAAGCAGGUUAUAGACCGCUCCUAUCGCAGCUUGACGGAAAAACGAAUUCGGCAUUGGUUCUUCCAGCUUGUCCAAGCAGUCCACUACCUCCACGAGCGAAAUGUGAUUCACAGAGAUAUCAAGUCUCAGAAUGUGUUUUUGUCGCGCGACGGGUCAAUUCGUCUGGGGGAUUUCGGACUGAGUCGCGCGACGCCUGGGCCUCGCCCUGCGGCUAUGGGGUCUGUGGGUCCUCCGCAGCCGCAUGCUUGUCCAUUUGCUCCUCUGUCUCUCGGCGAUCUCUCGCGCCCGCGCCUGCGAAGAGGCGUGUGUCGCGAGCGCGUUUCUUCGGCGUCGCCUUCUACGCGGGAUCGCAGCAUGGAGGGUCGCAAAGGCGGCAGACUGGAAAGCCGUCGAGGAGACGCUCAAGGAGCUGUCUCCGUCGACUCCGACGAAGAAACGUUGCCUUCCGCCUCCGUGAAUGGGUGGAACAGGCGAGCAGCAGCGGAGCACCGCGGCAGAAAGAAAACGAGGAACGGAGCCCAGGCCGCGACAACACUCCCCGUGCCCCUCCACCGCGUCUCCUGGGAAGCCUCACCCGCGAAAGAAGAAGAACACAAAGCGAGAGAACGCAGCGACGGGAGAGACGAAGAAGCCAGGAAACAGAGAGGAGAGAAGGCGUUGACAGUCGCGGGUUGUUUGCGGCGAGGAGAGAGUCGACGAAGACGGAGAGAGUCUGGCAAAGCAGAAGGGCACCGCCAGCACCCCUCGCGCGUAGAAGUCGAACCUCUGACCCUGAAACUCGGAGCGACAGAGAAAGAGAAAACGGCACCUGGUAAGGGGCGCGCGAGGGGAAGCUUUCACGCCGGCUCAGGAGAGGCCAGAAAACUGGCCAGAGAAACGCGAGAGUUCUCCUCGAGCGAUCGACACGACACUGCAGAAUUUCUUCUCGCGCUCCGCGAAGCCGUCAAGACUCGCGGCCUGCUCGGAGGGGUGUAUGUACAGCUGAAGCGUUGGGCGCAGAGGCUGUUUCAGGCGUUUUCCGGCUUCCUCGUUCGCGGGUUCGACACCGUCUGCGACCUCCUCUUUGAUACUUCUGGCCUCGACUCUUCUUCCUUGGAGAGUCCUCAGCGAUGCUUGCAAAUGCCGCUUCAGACCGUUCCUCGCCGCGCCUGCGAGCAGCCGUUCCCCUCGCUUCGCCUCCCUCCGGCCUCUGCCUCGGCUGUUUGCCGACAUUCGCCUUCCCGCUUCUUCAGCGACACCGAGGGAGACGGGGGCAACAAGACCCGCGAGAGAAGAGCCCAGCUCCGCCCGUUCUGUCUCGAGUCCUCGCUGCACAGAGACACCUGCUCUGCCGCCAUGUCCCAAGCGGGGACAGACUGCUACAUGGCUCCCGAAAUCUUGCUCGACGAGAAAUACGGAAAAGCCGCAGAUCUGUGGUCCCUGGGGUGCGUUCUACUCGAACUUUGCUCGGGCAUUUUCAUGUGGGAACUGGAGACGCCUCUCGCGCUUCUCGUCCUGGACGCCGAAAACGCGAGAGACUUUCUUCACGAGUUCAUUGACAACCAUAUCCCCCCGAACGUCAUUGGAAAUGGAACGAAAAACCUCCUCAAAAUGCUUCUUCAACCCGAUCCGAGUCAGCGUCCGUCGACCGGGUUUCUGCUGCGUCUGCGGUAUUUUCGCCGAGGCUACCGGGUCUGCGCCUCCCCUCUUUCGUGCUCGGCUUUCUCUGGCGCCUCGCAUGCGUCCGGCAAACCUCGGUCCACCGUUUCGGCAGAAACGCAUCCACAAGCGGAGAUAAAAGAUAAACGAGGCGAAGCGGCCGACUUGGCGGAACGAGACUGCGAAGGACGGGGAAGAACGUCGAAGAAUCUCCCGGGGACGAAGCACGAAGAGAGCGACAGCAGACCGGAGGCGCUGCGGACUUCAAAGGAAACGAGCAGCAGCGGCGUUGAGAGCGACAACUUGAGUUUUUUCUCGCUUUCCGCGCUGGGUGUGACGGUUUCGCGCGGCCUCGCACGCCUGUUUCUGCGACGGAGAAACCUCUGUUCUUCCCCGAGUUCGACAGGGAGCGCAUGCAAGUCUUUCCACUCGGGAGAGGACAACUCUCCGGAGGUCGAUUUGUCAUUCGUAGAUCCCUGCUCGUGGGAUGUCGUCCACCGCAGAAAGUCCGGAAAGGCUCUGAUGGAGGAAGGAGAAACAACACAAGACACCUAAACAUGCGCGUCGCUCGGGAGAGAGAUAACCUAGGAAAAGUUACUUGGAGAAAAACGGUACGGUCGGCUGCAGCAUCUGUUUCAGUGCACGCGUACAGAUGUGUAACGAAGGAAAAACGCAUGCAUGCAAGGACGACAUGCACGUUAGCAGAUCUUAGGUAAAAAGCGGCACGACACGGAAUCGCUUUGAAUAAGAGAAAAAGGCAGUUUUCGGCAAUUGUUAAACCUGCGAAUCUGCAAAGACUCUUCUCGAAUGUCGCCGCACACUUGGGUUCGAUGUGCAGACACCCAAGACGCUAAGCGAACACCUGCCAUGACAAAAAGAAAGAACCAACGCGUUUCAUCGUCGGUAACUGGCGAGGCGGGCGGGGGGAAUCAAAGAUGGCAGGCUUGUCAACAGGUAUUCGCUGAGGUCGUUUGUUUCUCGGGAAAGGCGAUUUUUUUUCGAAUACGAGGAGGUGCUUUCUCCUCUCAACUGUGCGCUCUCGACGGCUGCACGCCGGUUUUCCUGAGGUUUCCCGCUCUCAGCUCGCAUGGCUUACGGAAACUUGUUCCGAGGAAUCUUUAAAAACACGUUUUUCUGUUUUGCUUGUCUUUAUUAAAACCGAACUCAGAUACUGG